GUCCGCCUUGACUGGAGUCGCUCUGUCUAUUCAUACUCAUCGGAGCAUAUCUUCUCUCUCUCGUCCCGUCUUUAUUACAUCCCAUCUCCCUCCCUAACUCCACUCCUAUCUGGGCUUACGUCGUUCACCCUUUCGCUCCUCUGGCCGGUCUCUACCUCCUUCACGGCCUGCGACAUUCUUCACAUUCACCACCACCACCACCACCACCACCACUACUACUUCAGACCUACUCAGCAGCCAUGUCUUCAGAAGACGGUCGGUCCGAAAGGGCAGGCUCCAUCGCCUCGUCUCACACCGAGGCAGGCAGUCAUGAGGAGUUUAACGAGAAGUCGGUCUACAUCCGCGAUGACGAGAGCCUCUCAAACCUCAAGUCCCCUACCGUGUACCAGGACAGCCACCACGAUGAUGAGAUCCAGGAGGAGGACGAGGAGCUGCUCGCUCACCAGUCGGAGAAGCCAGAACCAGCAAAACCCUCGGCAGCAUCUGGUAUAAUAUGGAUCGCCGUGAACACACUGGCCACUGUUGGCAUUGUCUUCACCAACAAGGCCAUCUUCUCGGACCCGUCCCUGAAGCUCGCCCAGCUCACUUUCGCAGCCUUCCACUUUUGCAUCACAUGGCUCACCCUCUUGAUCCUCUCCCGCCAGAGGUUCGGCUAUUUUGAACCCCGGAGGACGUCUAUCCGCGCCAUCUUCCCGCUCUCUGUCGCCAUGUCUCUCAACGUCAUCCUGCCCAACCUGUCACUGGCCUUCUCCAGCGUCACCUUUUACCAGGUCGCCCGCAUUCUCCUGACGCCUUGCGUGGCCCUGAUGAACUUUGUUCUUUACAAGGCCACCCUGCCGCGCAAUGCCCUCUUGGCCCUGGUUCCGGCCUGCUUUGGCGUCGGCAUGGUUAGCUACUAUGACAGCCUCCCCGCCGCCGACGCCAGCGUCAAGACUACGAGCGGCCUGGGCGUCAUUUUUGCCUUCUCCGGCAUCUUCGCCUCUUCUCUCUACACCGUCUGGAUCGGCGCCUACCAUCGAAAGCUCCAAAUGAGCUCCAUGCAGCUGCUGUUCAACCAGGCCCCCGUCUCGGCCUUUAUGCUACUCUACGUGAUCCCCUUCGUGGACACGUUUCCCGUGUGGAGCGAGGUGCCGCUCAAUCGAUGGGUUAUGAUUAUGAUUUCUGGUGGCUUCGCCGCGCUCAUCAACAUCUCCCAAUUCUUCAUCAUCGCACAGACCGGCCCCGUGUCAAGCACCGUCGUCGGCCACGUCAAGACGUGUACCAUUGUCGCUCUGGGGUGGAUGACCUCGGGCCGGGCGAUCGGGGACAAAUCUGUAAUGGGUGUCUUUGUUGCUAUCGGGGGCAUCAUCGCUUACUCGAUAGUCAUGCUAAAAGAGAACCAGAAGAAGUUGGGCCAGGGCGUCAAAUGAGUCCUGUUGCCCUGCCCUGGCUUGGUUUUUCUUCUUUUCUGCAUUAUAAAAAUAUAUAUAUAUAUAUAUAUAUAUAUAUACAUAUUUCAAAAAUAUUUAGCGCAAUGAUUCAUGAUCUUUUCCCUCC